UGAAACUUCAUCAUCUGCCUGUUUUAUUACUCAUCCCCCAUUUGAAACAGCAGUGUCUUUUGAUGGUCCUUUCCAGUGGAGGCUGCGGGGAGGAGAACUGACUUCAAUCUUGUGGUAUCUACACUCUUGUUUAUUUUGUUUUAAACUAGAACUGAGGGGUCCAUCAGCUGGACCAGCCAAACACAAGUUAUUGAUAGGAGUGGGAAUCAUUUGCAAAAUGUGUUUUAUUAUUACACGUGUAUCCCAUCUUUCCUUGUAAUGUGCUCUCAAGGCAGCAUAUGAUAUUGUGGACUUGGAAAACAUUUGGGAAAAAGCAGCCAGGACUUUUUAGUUUAGAGAACAGAUGGAUAAGAGGUGACAUGAUAGAAAUUUGUAAAAUUGUGCAUGGCAUGGAGAAAGAAACUAUAUUAUGCCGAAGAGAGAGAAAAUACCAUUAAAUAAUACAAGAGAAAAUUUCAGGGGUCAAGAAGAAUUUCCCAGCUGGCAUGACAUCCUGUGCGUUUUUGUUUUUUACAAGCAUCCCGUGGAAGAGAAUCAAUCGCAGCCUUUUUAAAGCUUUGAUUGAAAACAGGUGGUGGGGCUUUUGCCAAGGUGUUGGGUAUUUUUGUGCUGUGUACAUUGUGGCUCUUGUGGUAAUUAUCUGCCAGGCUAUAUUCUAAGUUGAUCUCUUUGCUCAUUCUGCAGAGGUUAUAUAUCUGGAAGGUAGCAGGUAUUUUAAUUCGCUUCGUGGCUAACUUUAAAUGCGGUUUUCAAUUAUUUUCUUGCUCUUGAGUUCCAUCUCCAACUGAAAAAAUAAUAAUACUGGGCUAGAUCUAGACUAUGUUAGAAAUGAAUGUGGCUUAGCUCCAUCACGAGCCUUUCACGUUGAUUUCAAUGGGCUUCAAGUGCAACCAAAUUAGGCUGCAAUCCUAGUCAUAUUUACCUGGGGGUAAGCCCCAUUGAAGCCAUUGGGGCUUCCUUCUGAGUAAAUGGGCUUGUGCUGUUGAGAUAGGGCCAGUGCAUUAUGCUUUAAAAUGCAUUCUUCAUGCAACCUUCAGACCAGUAGCAAGUGUUAGUCACUUUCUGGACCUAUUUUAGAUCAAUAAGCAGUUUUGAAAUAUGUGAAAUAAAUAAUUUGGACGCCAUGCCAUUAUCUAAAUAAGUCCACAGUAUAUCUUCAAUAGGAUUCCAUCAGUGUCUACAAGAUCCAGCAUCCAACAUGGCUCCCGCUAUUUAAGCAGCUCCAGUUCCAAACAGUCAUCAGUGAUGACAACAACAACACAACCAAAUCUCAUUUAUUUUUUGUUUUCUUCAGCCAAUGCCAUUGCUCUGCUAACCAAGGAAUGUUGUUUGCUUUGAACAACAUCCCUCCCUGGGAUGGAGGAAAUGUGUGUUGACAGGACAGGAAAUUCCUGUGAACCACAAGAAACUAGUUCUCGGCUGGGCUGCCUGCAGUCACUGCAAAGGUUUCCAUCUGGGCAAUUUAAUAUUUAUUAAAGGAAGGAGUGAAAUGAAUGAUCAUUUCUUCCUCUUGGUUUUAACUGCACCGUUCAGACCUAUAAAGAAAGGGUUCUAAAAGCAACCUUGUGUUUCUGGAUACAGAAUACUUUCUUUUCCAAACAAGCUGCAAAACCAAUAGGAAUUUUGCCUUGUAGUUGAAGUUUCUCAGAGCUAAACGUGUGCUGGUGCUUCCUAUGAACUUUCUCAAACUUGGAAAGAGCAGCCUCCAUUAGGAAUGAGUAGGACAGCUAAUCUGAGGUCCAGCGAAGCCUAUCUUAGGUCAAGAGGAUCCCAAAAUGAGUCCACCUCCACACCAUACAUUUAAAGCACCCUUACACCACUUUUACAGUAGUGGCUUCUCCCAAAGAAUCUUGGGAAUGUUAGUUUGCUAAGAGUGCUGCUAACUGUGCCUCUUAGAGGGGUCUCCUAACAACUCUCAGCACUCUUAACCAACUACAGUUCCCAAGAUUCUUGGCAGGAAUUAAAGACCUUAAAAGUGGAUUAAGAGUGUUUUAAAUGUCUGGUGUGGAUGUGACCUAGGUCUUAGCUCAAGCUAUAAACAUUGCAUACUCACUUUGUCAUCAGGUAAAGAGCCAGUAGCUAAGUUGGAUGGUUCUCCUGUUUCUGAGAUGUUAGCUGAGUGCUUAUAGAUUGCUUUGUUGAAAAUUUGGACAGAAUCUCAACAGUGCCUAAAACAAAUCUCUUGCAGAUGAAAACAAUAGUAAAGUGCAUGGGAAGAAAAUAAUGGGAAAUUGGAGACAUUCUUUCCAGUUGAUCAGCAAGAAAAAUGCUUUUCAUCAUCUUCUUUAUAACUGUUUUCAUUUUCUGAAACGGAAAAAGCCAUACAGUGGUACCUCAGGUUAAGUACUUAAUUCGUUCCAGAGGUCCGUUCUUAACCUGAAACUGUUCUUAACCUGAAGCACCACUUUAGCUAAUGGGGCCUCCUGCUGCCGCCACGCCGCCAGAGCCCAAUUUCUGUUCUUAUCCUGAAGCAAAGUUCUUAACCUGAAGCACUAUUUCUGGGUUAGUGGAGUGUGUAACCUGAAGUGUAUGUAACCUGAAGUGUAUGUAACCCAAGGUACCACUGUACAGUGGUGCCUCGCAAGACGAAAUUAAUCCGUUCCGCGAGUGUCUUCGUCUAGCAGUUUUUUCGUCUUGCGAAGCAACCCUAUUAGCGGCUUAGCGGAUUAGCGCUAUUAGCGGUUUAGCGGCUAUUAAAGGCUUAGCGGCUUAGCUGCUAAAAGGCUAUUAAAGGCUUAGCGGCUUAGAAAAAGGGGGGGGAAGUGAAAAAAAAUCUCAAGACUCGCAAGACAUUUUCGUCUUGCGAAGCAAGCCCAUAGGGAAAUUCGUCCUGCGAAGCAACUCAAAAACGGCAAACCCUUUCGUCUAGCGGGUUUUCCGUCUUGCGAGGCAUUCGUCUUGCGGGGCACCACUGUACUAACAAUAUUUUAUCUGUGGCCUGAGAGAGAUCUGUGUAGCAACCCCCUCCCUGCUGACCAAAUGUGACCCAGGACUGGACUACCUUUUUGUGCUGACAUCUUAGCCCUUUGAUACUUCUUUAACUUAAUCAUGUCAUUCUUGACAUGCCUUGGAGCAGAGGUAGGCAACCUAAGGCCCGGGGGCCGGAUGCAGCCCAAUCACCUUCUCAAUCCAGCCCAGGAAUCAGCGUGUUUUUACAAGAGUAGAAUGUGUCCUUUUAUUUAAAAUAUAUCUCUGGGUUAUUUGUGGGGCAUAGGAAUUCGUUCAUUUUUUUUUCCUUUCAAAAUAUGGUCCGGCCCACCACAAGGCCUGAGGGACAGUGGACCAGCCCAUGGCUGAAAAAGGUUGCUGAGCCCUGCCUUGGAGCAUUCCCUGAACUUGUGAUGUGUCACUGGGGUGGAAAUAGGUGGGGCGGGCAGAAGAACCAAAAGAAGGGAAGAGUGGCAGAGGGACUCCAGAAAUCACAAGGGAAAAUUUGUCACUGGGAAAUGCUGGCUCCGUCUUGCUGUGGCAGUCUGAAGCGUUGUAUGCUUCAAGGAUAAAUAUCUUCCUGUCUUUUUAGUAGCUACUUUCCAUCUUUAAGAUUCCUUUCCUCCCACAUUCUCUCAGCCCUGAGUAAUGCCUUCUAAAAAUCGGGUUGCUUAGGAAAUCUUCACAGGCCUGCAGCUGCAAAAGAAGAUGUAGGGCCCAUUGAGUUCGUUGUUAAUUUGUGGCAUUCAGAAGUUCCCUGGUUUGAUCCCCAAUGUCUCUGUUGGGCUGGGAAAGACCUAUCUGAAUUCCUAGAGAGCUGCUGCCAGUCAGUGUAGACAGUACUGAGCUAGAUAGCUCCUUUGGUCUGACUCAGUAUAAGGCAGCUUCCUAUAGCCUUAUGUUCUUACAGAUGUGCAUUCUGAAGUGGUAAAGCGUUGCAUGCAGAAGGCCUGAUAUUCAAUCUCCAGAUAGGGCUGAGAGAGACUCCCUGUCUGAAACCCUGCAGAGCUGUUGCCAAUCAGAGUCAGUGUAGACAAUACUGAGCUAGAUGGACCAGCACAAGGCAGCUUCCUCUAUUCCUAUCCUUAAGCACGCACAGCUGAAGAAAAAAAUUGAAAUAGGUGGGGAGGGCAGAAGAACCAAAAGAAGGGAAGAGUGGCGGAGGGACUCCAGAAAUCACAAGUGUCCCUCCUGAGGUUCUUCAGUGGAUUUCACAAACCAAGUCUGCUUUCAGAGUCUGGGUCAGGUGGGUUGGAAAGAAAUACCACUACCCCCUUCUCCUCGCUUGUGUUGACAAUUUUGCCUGGGAUUCCCAGUGAGGCCCAACAUCUGCUUUGGGGACUGGUGACUGGGUUAUUUUUAGCUGCUGUUUAUUUGGACUAAGCAUGCUGCUAGACUGAAAUAUCCCUGCAGCCUUUCUAAAGGCAACAGCCAUGUCACAAAGGAAGGGACUUUCAUCCCACACAGAAGGCGCUCAGAGAUCUUCACUUGGGAUUCAGGAACUCGAAGAGGAAUGCUGCUGGAAGACUCCUCUGUCUGUCUGCUUGGGACUCAGUGGGGAGUAUACUAUUACAUGUACAGCAAAACGUUGUUGUCAUUACCGCUGUUACUUACUGCAUUUGUCAGUUGCUUUUGUUCUGGCUCAUGCCCAAAAUACAAGAGAUCAGUAUUUGGGCAAGUAAUUGUGCAGGCUUGGCAGCAGACAUACUGCUCAGGAGUCACAGUUCAGGCGUUCAGGAACAGGGCGAGAAGUUCAGAACUGGAUGGAAAUAACAAAUAUGCCCCAACAGGUAUCCCUGCCCCUCCCGCCAAGCUUUUGAAGAUGAGGUGUGGCACGCUCACUUGUGAGACUCUCUCACCUUGCUGGAAUGCCAAAACUGUAAGCAUGAUCUCUGUUGUGAUGGGUUGGUCUGCUCCCAUCAGUGAGGGCAAUGCAACAAGGGUUCACCCUUCUGUUCUGGCUGCUGUUCAAACUUCUGUACCGGUUUAUGCCAUUUCUGUACCAGGGAGAGCUCCUGGAGCCAGAUUAAGAGGCCUGGUGGGCCAGAUUCCCCACCCCUGUAUUACCAUAUUGCUACUUCUAAAUUGUGCUUCCAGAUUCGAGACACCAGCACUGCUACAAGCAGGGAUAGCUCUAUUAUCUAUGUGACUUGGGGCCCAUUUACACGCACAGCGAAACUGCAUAGGACAGGCUUCUUGGGACCAUAGCAUGUGAUUUUGCCAACCACGUAGCUCAGACCCUGGAGGAACGUACAGUCAGUGAGCAAACUGCAACCAUGAUGUGCUCCUUCCAGCACUGUGGUGCUUGAGUCACGCUGCCUGAUCCCAAAUGGCCAUUUUCUACCGAGGCAAAAUGGUAAACAGGACUUGUUCAAGCAUGUUCCUGGUGAACAAAGUGAGAGAAGCUGGAACACUUAAUGAGCGCAAAGGGUCAUGUUUUUUUUGUGUUGGAUUCAAAGAAAACGUUCCCUUUCCAUUAGGAGAACCUGUUGUCUUCUAGAGAUAAUGUGCUUCUGAGUGAGGGGUGAAGGGGGCUUCUUUGUCGUCCUGUCAUUUCCCAUCAUUAAUCAUUUUUGUUUCUGGGAAAUGAGUCCCUUCGCUUCUUCUUUUCAUAGCUUUGAACAUGAUUUUAAUCUCAGCAGUUCUCCUGUGACUCUAGAAUCAUUUUGCUGGAAUUUGUGGCGUGGCUCCAGAUUUUAACGGAUGCAUGACCAAGGGCUGAGUCCAACAUGUUGCUAGGAUGGCUGAGGUUUGAGCAGGUCCCUGAGAACUGCCCCUUUUAUCCAUUCUGUAUCAGUUAUAAGGGGAAACUGUGUUUAGCUCUCUGCUGUGCAAAGCUUCCUCAGCUGACGUCUGCGUAUUUAAUUUCUGUUUAUUGAACCCAUUUGUCGCUUUUCUUACAAAAGCAGCUCAGAGCGACUUGCCACAAUAAAUAAACACAUACAUUUAAACCAGCAUAAGACAAAACUAAAGAAAAUAAAACCUUACCUCGUAAGGCUGUUGAGAAGAUACAGUGGGAGAGACCCUAUACGCAACCUUGAGUUAUUCAGGGGGAAGGUGUGUUAGAAAUGCAGUACAUGAGAAAUAAAACCCCUUGAGUUGAAUCCAGACUAAGUUGGUUGUACUUAGUUCCUAUUGAACUAAUCAAACAGUGAGACAUAAGCCAUGCCUAACUUAUCCUGUCAAUUCCAAUGAGACUAAUUGCAAUAAACUCAAUCUGAAUCCUACUCACUUAUUCCUGCUCCAGGUUUAGCAAUUGUAGUUGUGAAAUGUUCUGGGUGAGAAGGAACAUUUUGGGGAUGGUGGGGAAAAUUUUUAGAUAUAUUUCAUCACUUUUUUUCAAGUUUGGACAAAUAUUUUUUAUUUUAAGUGCACAAAUGGCUAGAAGCAGAAUACCUACACAUGUUUUAAAAAAUUAACACAUCUACAGAACAUUCUGUUCAGGUGAUGGCCUUCAGUUAUUUCAGCUAUCUGGGUGUGGCUGGGUUACCACCCAGUUUCUGACAGGGAUUCUGCACUUUUCAACACCUGCACGCAGCAAAAAAAUUAGCAGGUGUCAUUUUCCUAAGCCUAGCGCUGGAAUGGGGAACUUGUAGCCCUACAAACAUUGGGCUAAUUUCUCCUCAUCCCUGACUGCCUCUGUCUUCUCUCCAAGCGGGCUCCACCCUGGCGGAGUCUGCAGCUGCCCCUGUUCCAGCUGCCUCUUCUGCCCCAGACAGCCCUGCAUCCAACACAGCAGGCACCCUGUGAGCUGAAGCAAAAUAUUUAAGGAUCCAAAACCCAGAGGCAAAGUUCUUCCCUUGUUAGAACCAAGGGAACCACUAAAGCCAAGCAAAAUGCCUCCUAAGCUUUAGCAAACCUGAAAAUAAAGGGGUUACGGAACCAGGGGGGUUAUAGAAUAUAAAUAUAGAAAACAGAUUGAUGAUUUGAAGACGUUCAAGACAGCCAGUGUGGUGCAGUUGGCUAGGUUGCCUGACUAGGAGGACCUGGGAGACCAGGGUUCAAGUCCCCCCUCACUGGGUGACCUUGGGACCAACACUGCCUCUCAGUCUCAUUGGAUUGUUGUGAGGAUUAAACGAGGAGGGGGAAGAACCAUGCGUGCCACCUUGAGCUUGGAGAAAAAGCUGGAAUAUAAAAACAAUAAAUAAAUUAAGAAAUAACAGUAGAACAGGAGCUAACCAAAGGCAGAAGUACUGAAAAAUCUAGAGGAGAAGCUUUUCUCUGUAGUUGAAAUGGACAGCAAUGCCACCUCAACCUGUGGAAGCAGCAAACCAGGCAGGCCUGGUAUUUUACCACCUAGUGGCAGCAUGGAGCAAAAGCAGGGAACUGAAGUGGCAUUGCAGAGAGGGUGCAGGUUGGAUCCAGACUUAGUCGUCAUGCUUCAUGUAGGUGCACUGAUAUUAAUGGGCCUUAAGUAGUCCGGACCAGCUUGUCCCACUGAUUUCAGCAGGGCUGUUCAAAUCAAGAUUAAGUCCAGAGCGAACCCAUUUGUUUGAUAGACUAAUAAUAAUAAUAAUAAUAUAUUAUUUAUACCCCCACCCAUCUGGCUGGGUUUCACCAGCCACUCUGGGCGGCUUCCAGCAGAAUAUUAAAAUACAAUGAUUCAUCAAAUAUUAAAAACUUCCCUAAACAGGGCUGCCUUCAGAUGUCUUCCAAAAGUCUGAUAGUUGUUUAUUUCUUUGACACCUGGUGGGAGGGCGUUCCACAGGGCGGGCAUCACUACUGAGAAGGCCCUCUGCAACUUUGCUUCUCACAGCGAGGGAACCGCCAGAAGGCCCUUGGCCCUGGACGUGAGUGUCCGGGCUGAACAAUGGGGGUGGAGAUGCUCCUUCAGGUAUACUGGGUUGAGGCCGUUUAGGGCUUUAAAGGUCACACCAACCCUUUGAAUUGUGCCCGGAAACAUACUGGGAGCCAAUGUAGGUCUUUCAGGACUGGUGUUAUGUGGUCUCGGCAGCCACGCCCAGUCACCAGUCUAGCUGCCGCAUUCUGGAUUACUUGUAGUUUCUGGAUCACCUUCCAAGGUAGCCCCACGUAGAGCGCGUUGCAGUAGUCCAAGUGAGAGAUAACCAGAGCAUGCAGCACUCUGGCGAGGCAGUACGCAGGCAGAUAGGGUCUCCGCCUGCGUACCAGAUGGAGCUGGUAGACAGCUGCCCUGGAUACAGAAUUGACCUGCACCUCCAUGGACAGCUGUGAGUCCAAAAUGACUCCCAGGCUGUGCACCUGGUCCUUCAGAGGCACAGUUACCCCAUUCAGGACCAGGGAGUCCCCCACACCCGCCCGCCUGUGUGCAGGAGAUUGCAGCUGCAGCAUCUUAUGCUAUGGGACAGGGUUAUUGUUUUGUCUGUUAUGUAUUUUUGUGCUCUGUGAUCCUAAGAGGAAGGGAGGGAGAUCUAUAAAUGUCAAUAAUAAUAAUACAUGAUGCACCAUAACUGAAGCACCACUACCCUGGAUGCUGCAUAGACUCCUGACACAAACCUGCUUGCUAUUCUCAGCAGGUAACAGAAAGCCAACAUUUUCAGCUUCAGGUCCAUCAGCAAGGAGGGUCUCAUGUCUAUAAGACAACACUGCAAGGUUAUUGUGAAGCAGUCAGAGCCUGACGGCAAGUAUUCCGUGUGCACUACGCUGCUAGACUCAGUGAGAACCAGUAAGGUGUAGUUGUUAAGAGUUGUUAAGACUAGAACUGGGUAGAUCUGUGUUUAAAAUCCCCAUUUGACCAUGAUGCUUGCUGGGUGACCUGUCAGUCACCAACUCUCAGCCUCCCUACGUCACAGAGUGGUUGUGCAGGUCAAAGUGGGGGAAUACCAUGUAUGCCACUGAGAUUUUUGGAGGAAAGAUUCAUUGGAAGAAGAAGAAGAAGAGUUUGGAUUUGAUAUCCCGCCUUUCACUCCUCUUCAGGAGUCUCAAAGUGGCUAACAAUCUCCUUUCCCUUCCUCCCCCACAACAAACACUCUGUGAGGUGAGUGGGGCUGAGAGACUUCAAAGAAGUGUGACUAGCCCAAGGUCACCCAGCAGCUGCAUGUGGAGGAACGGGGAAGCGAACCCAGUUCACCAGAUUAUGAGUCUACCGCUCUUAACCACUACACCACACGGGCUCUGGAGAGAUGCUGCCCAUUAGGUGCCUUAUAUGAAGUUAGACCAUUGAUCCACCUGCCUCCUCUGUGUUGUCCAUGCUUUCUAUACUCCUGUGUUUUAAAGCCAUCUCUGUUAGUGCUUAUCCCAUCUCGUGGCAGCAUUACAGAACUUUUGAGCUAUUCCCAAAAAUGAAGAAGAAAGCAAAUUGAGGGGAAAUGGGUGGCAAGACGCAAUGGAUGCAGUUGGGGGUGGGGGGGGGAAAGCACAUAUAUUUUUAAAGUGAAUUAAACAUGGAGCAUUCCUUGCUCCAGGGAGACUCUAAGCAGGUUUGACAUCUUUAUCUCUUCUUCUAAAGCAGCUCAGGCAAAAAGAAAAAGAAAAAAAGUGUGUGUUGGGGGGAGUAGUACAGAAGCAUAAAUAGCCCCAAACUUGGGUGUUGCCUCUCUUUGAUCAUUCUGAGUCAUUCGAGCAUAAUUUCUGCAUCUCUUGGCUUGUCGUAGGGAUGGGAGGAGGGUUUAGAGUCAGUGAUCACACCAAGUUGAGCAGCAGUGAGAAAUCUGUGGACUUCCAAAUCUUGGACUCCAACUCCCAUAAUCCCUGGCUGUUAGCCAUGCUGGCUGAGGCUGAUGGGAACUAGAGUCUGACCGCAGGUGAAAGGCUCUGCCCCUUUGUAGUGGGGCUUCCCCACCCCUUUAUUGCCCUUAGGGAUAUCUGAGGCUUUGAUGGAACUGCAAACGCUCAUUUGUGGGAUAUAAGUGAAAUCAUAGAAUUGUAGGGUUGGAAGGGACACCAAGGGUCAUUUAGUCUAACCCCCUGCGAUGCAUAAAUAAUUUUUGCCUCUACAGCACAUACACAUGCUCAAAGAAAAGUGAGAUUAUCUGAAGAGCUCCAGCCUGAGAAUAUAACAAGCUAGCUUAUUCUAAGCAAUACCCUUUCAAGUAGGGCAUUGAAAAAUUGGAGCAUGUCCAGAAGAGAGCAAACAAUCAGGAACAUGGGGACAUAUGGAGCUGACAUGCCAGUCCUUUGGGUCCAUCUAGCUCUAUACUGCCCAGGGUUUCCCAAACUUGGAUCUCCAGCUGUUUUCGGACUACAACUCCCAUUAUCCCUAGCUAGCAGGACCAGUGGCCAGGGAUGUUUGGAAUUGUAGUCCAAAAUCAGCUGGAAAUCCUGGUCUGCACUAACUGGCAGCGGCUCUCUGGGGUUUUAGGCAGGGAGGGGGAAUUCCUAACCCUACCUGGAGAUGCCGGGGAUUGAACCUGGGACCUUCUGCAUGCAAAGCAGAUGUCCUGCCACUGAGUUAAAAGAAGUGGGGACAAGGCUAGUUCUAUGCAUCCAUUUCUCAAGGUUAACCCUGCGAUUGGGAAGAUCUGCCUGGAUUAGGCUUCAGAAAACGAGUAUCCCCACUUUUCAAAGGAUCUUUCUAAGCCCACGCAACUAUUUUACAGCUCGGGAAGCUUUUCAUCUGUGAUUAAUUUGGCUCUGCGGCACUGACUCAGAACAGGUGAUCACACCCUGCAGACGUGUUGGCAUUGCUCUCUCCGUAGUUUUCAAACCCCUGGCUUGUGCCUUGAAGCGCAGUUGUGGUACCGAGUUGCUUUCAAGACAACAGCUGAACUUUCCAUCAUCACUCCCCCUCCUCCCUCCUUGAAGGGGGAAGUGAAAUUAGCCCAGCGUGCUUUGAGUUUAUUUAACAAGUUCAGCUCCUGUGGCCAAUAGAGACUAACAGCAGAGGGGGGCAGAAAAUUGUUGCAGCCUACAUGCUUUGGAGAUUAAAUAAGGCCUUUUAAAGGGCUUGGACAGAGAUGCUGGGUCUCUCUCCCCACCCCAUGUGGAAUGUUAUGUGCCUAUCCCAGACUUCACCACCAGGGCCACAGGAAUUUUGAAGAAGAAGGGGAAGUUUUUUGGAAUUUAGUGCAUUUUCUGUUGCACCCACUUUGGGCUGUUUUCCAGGCCAGUCGCUGCUAUCCAGACACACCCCUUUUUGAAGAGACUAUUUAAGGAUGAGCUUGAGCACAGCACCCUCCCAAAGGCAGAGAGGCAGGGAUGCACAAAGCGAGGGGCUCAGGAUGUCUGACCACGCCGGGGCAAGAACAACCUUCACCCUCAUUCUCUUUGUCCUGGGGCCUGGCUGGGUAUGUAUACACAAUUUUACAGGAGGUGUGUGCAACGAAUGAAUGAAUGAGACUUGCCCCUGCCUUUGAUGCUGAAUGAGUUUGUUGACUUCAGCAGAGCUUAAUAUGUUCGUACAGGGUGGGACCAAGUGCUCAGAGGUCCAGCUCCAGUUGGCUAGCAGCAGCUCUGCAGGUUUUUGAGGGGCACCUCUUGUAUGCAUAUGUUUACACACUAGUGAGGGACGCGGGUGGCGCUGUGGUCUAAACCACUGAGCCUCUUGGACUUGCUGAUCAGAAGGUCGGCGGUUCGAAUCCCCGUGAUGGGGUGAGCUCCCGUUGCUCGGUCCCAGCUCCUGCCCACUUAGCAGUUCGAAGGCACGCCAAAAAGUGCAAGUAGAUAAAUAGGUACUGCUGUGACUGGAAGGUAAAUGGUGUUUCUCUGCGCUGCUCUGGUUUGUGUUCCGUUGCGCCAGAAGUGGCUUGGUCAUGCUGGCCACAUGACCCGGAAAAACUGUCUGCGGACAAACGCCAGCUCCCUCGGCCUGUAAAGCGAGAUGAGUACCACAACCCCAGAGUCAUCUGCGACUGGACUUAACUGUCAGGGGUCCUUUACCUUUACCUUUUUACACACUGGUGACUUUAGGAAACCUGGAGGGUACAUGCAUAUAAUAGACGUCUAGUGUUAAAUGCAUAAUAACACAAAGGACCACAGAAUUGUCAAGUUGGAAGGGACCACAAGUUUCAUGUAGUCCAACCCCUGCAAUGCAGGAGUCCUUUGCUCAGCAUGGGGCUUGACCCAUGACCCUAGAAUUAAGAGUCUCGUGCUUGACCAAUUGUGCUAUAAUGAUGCAUAGGAUAUGUUAGAAUGGUUUGAGUUUCUUUAGUGGAAGCGAAGGGCACUUUGUAUAUAUUUAGAAAAUUAUGCUGCAGAAAUAGAGAGUUGUUGUCAGCUGAGUUCUGCCCAGGGCAGACCUACUGAAAAUAAUUAGUUGUGUUCCUGGAUUUUGAUGGGUUUACUAUGAGUAGGCUUAAGAUUGCAUACAGCAUGAGGCUUGACUCUUUUAUACAUAUUUUUGCAUACGAAUAUGGGCUUUUUAAAAACAACAACAGGCUAUGGGCAGAACUGAACUGAACUGUUGAAUGCAGGGAACAAGGUCUGCUCCCCCCCCCCCCCGCACCCUCUAAAUUUUAUCUGGAAGGUUGAGGGAGUGGGAAACCUAGAACAGGUUUUGGGAUGUGCAGAAGGGAGGGGAAGUCCAACCUCAUGAGUGGACCUUGUUCCCUGCACGGCGAAUGCCCCACUUUAGUGCAUUGUUAAAUUCCACGCUACAGGUUAUAUCAGGAGACAUUUUGUUUUGUUUCUGUCCUUGUUUAUAUUAUGUAUUUGGUUUUUUCAUCUUGUGUUUUGAUGCUGUGAACCGCCGUGAGAUCUACGGAUGAAGGGCGGCAUGCAAAUUAAAUUCUGCAUAUGAAUCCUUUAAAAUUAGAUUCCCUCUCCAUCCUUAGCCCUGGAGUGUGUCUGGCGCCAUUUUUCGCACUAACACAGUUAUCCAAUUCCAAGGGGGAAUGCAGUUGAAAAAGCACCAGCGAGAAUUAGAAGGCUGGGCUGGUUAUUUGGGCCGGGAUUCUCGUCUCCUUGCGUGCUUGUUGCAGCAUUCAAGAUUCCUCAAAGUGGGCAAAUGUCCACCCUAAUGAGGCGAGUACAUCCCACAGCUGAGUAACAGAGCACUCGCUUUGCAUGCAGAAGGUCCCAGGUUCAAUCCCUGAUAUCUCCAGGUAGAACUCAGAGAAACACUAUCCCAGCCUAAAUUCCCAGAGAGCUGCUGCCAGUCUGUGUAGACAGUACUGAGCUAGAUGGACCAAGGAUCUGGCUCGAUAUAAGACAGCUUCCUAUGUUUGUAAGCAUGGCCGUAGGUGUGUGGAACUGGUAAAUGGUACAACCUCCUGGCUUUUUUUCCAUAGCUCCCUGAACCGGAUGAAAAUAGAGGGCAGUGAUGGAUUUUAAUAGAUCCUGGUAGACUUACAAAAGGAUGGACUGCUUGCAGCAGGUAUCCCCACUGGUUGAGGGUGAAACUCCAUUGCAGAGAAGCCAGUAUAAAUCUGACAUUAUGGAGGACGACUUGAGGGGGGCAGCUUGGGAAACUUCCUGUUUGGGUACAAUGUUUUCUUUGGCUGGUGCUGUAAUUUAUUAUUUUAUUUUAAUGGUUUUACAAUGAGUUGAAAUGGAAGUGCAGCAGAAGGAAGCCACAGGCUCCAUUUGCAAAUAAGCUGGUGUGCAGGGGUGGAGUAGCUUUGGCCCUCCUGUUGGGCUCCCAGCUCCCAUCAGCCCCAGCCAACAUGGCUGAAGGUGAGGGGUGAUGGGAGUUGUAGUUCAGCAACCACAGGUUCUCCACACCUGAUAUCCCGCGUCCUUAGGUUAUUACUAUUUUUUUAAAACAUCUUUAAUUCUUCCCCACCUCAAAUGAACUCAAGGCAGCAUGCGUCCUCCUGCCAUAAUAUUUUAACUACACAACAACCCUGCGAUGUGGGUCAGGCUGCUGGCCGAAAGUCACCCAGCUUUAUGGCUGAAUGCAGAUUUGAACCCGGGUCUCCUGUCCCUAGCUCGAGCACUCUAAUCAUUGCACAUGCUGGCUCUCAAACGCAAUUACACAACCCACCAAGUCCCAUUUUGCCUCCUUAUCACAGCUGCUGUUUUAAGUCUCUCUUGCCGCCACUAUAUGGUGCUCCCAUUUCCCCUAUUUUCUCAUUACUGAGAAAGUCGUUUCCUGUAUGGUGGAGAACAGAGGAGGGGGGAAGUGUGUAUGGAUCCUUAUCUGCAGAGGCUUCUUCACCCAAGGGCUGUCUGAAGGUGAUCCAGAAGGGAAGGCUGCAGAUAGGGGUUAGGAGGAAGGAAGGAGCCCCUUCAGGCUGCUGUUCUGUCUAGUACCAUCUGACAGCUGUUUGGGCACCCCAAGGUGACUAGUGGCUCUAAGAGGAAGCUCAGUGUUUAUGAUCUUUCAAAUUCAUCCAAUUUCUUAGGCUAGGGAUGAGAAGUCUGUGAUGCUCCAGAUGUGGUUGGACUCCAGGUCCCACUGGCCCCAGGCAGCCAGCCUAAUGAGCAGAGAUGAUGGGAGCUGUAGUCCAGCAACAUCUGGAGCAGCACAGAUUUCUCACCCCGAGUUAGUUGGAUGAGCAGCUCCUGACAAAAUGGUCUUAUAACCAGUGACUUCUCCUUGUUUGGGAUUUUAAACAGGUUUCUUUAUCAGUUGAGUAAAGUAAGCCUCAUAACAGGGGUAGCUAGUUGGGUUCCACACACACACACACACACACACACACACACACACACGUUGUUGGACUGCAAGUCCCAUCAUUCCUGACCAUUUAUCAUGCUGACUGGGGCUGAUGGGAAUUGUAGUCCAAGAACACCUGGAGGGCCAAGGGCUCCCUGCACCAGGACAAGAUUUUGCCCCUUCCAGGUGUUGCUGAAAUGAUGGGAUUUGUAGUUCAGCAACUUCUGGAAGGACAAAGGCUCUCCUUCCACACCUUGAUAGAAGUGGGGGCAGAAUAUCACAAUGCUCCUUAAUAUUUAUGUUAUCGGAAAGGUGUGGGGGGGGGUAAUGUGUUCAUUUCAGUUCUGUGUACUUGCUUCCAGCUGGGAAUGGAGACUUCAUCCUAGAGUCCCCAAGUGCCCUGGGCCUUGGAAGAGCUACUCAGCUAAUCCACCCCCCAACCCGGAAUGUGAUAGCAUGAACCAUAAAGCAAUUCAAAGGCGUUGCUGCCGCCCAUGUUAGCUCCUUCCCCGAGGUGAGAUCUGUGUGGUUCACUGAUCCAGUUCAAGGCUUCCUUGCAGCCAGAACAGCUGCAGACGUGAUAAGUGAAUCUGCAAGGUUUUGAUGCUGGGGAAGGUGAUCUGAAGCAGAAAGAACAUUAGCAUGAGUAAUUUGCCAGGUACCCGGGCUCAAGCCUGACGUGCCGGCAUUGAAGAAACAUCAAUCGUGUUUCGACUUGCAGGCUGAGCAGAUGGGACCAGGGCAUCCCUGAACAGAUCCGUAGAGUCCCAAAUGGCUGCUCUUCUCAUCGAGAACGACUGUUCCUUCUUUCUUUGGCUACGCCUUUGGAGAGUAUUGGCAGAGGCAGCUUUGCAAAAAGCAUGGCCUCCGAGGGGCAGAGUGCCUUCCUUUGUCUGAGGCCACUGUGCCAGCUGCAGCUACUUCUAGGCAGAGAUGGCCUGGCCGCAGGGACCCGCCAACCUUUCAGACUGACUACUGCGGGGCUUCUGCUGAAGACGGACUGAAAAGUGCAGCUCAUCGAAACACAGCUGCUUGGCCAGCAGACUGGAAACAGAUAUUGGGGAUAUAUUGUGCCAGGGCUUUAAGAGAUUUGUGGGCUUUCUGCUUAUUUAAGAGGGGUGGGGAAUCUAAGGCAUGGGACUUUUUAAUCAUUAGUGUUAUUUGUACUUAUGCCCCAGCUUUUUCUCCAAGCUCCAAGCUUUUGCUCCUCAUUUAAUCCCACCACAGCCUUGUGAGGUAGGUUAGGCUGGGCGGCAGUGACUGGCCCAAGCUCACACAGUGAGCUUCAUGGCCUAGAGGGGAUUUGAACCCUGGUCUCCUAGGUCCAAGUCAGACACUAACCACUACACCACACAGCUCAUAGGGCCCCCAGGCCUCUCCCCAUAGCAUUCAGGACUCUCUACAGUCUACAGCCCUCAUUGACUGUGCUCUGUACCUUCCACAAGUGCUUUUGUAGAAUAUAUUCCAUCUACAUAUACAGCUUUUAAUUGUAGCGCUGUUUAAUUGUUCUUGAUUAUUGUUUUCCCUAUGUUUUCAGCUGUUCUUAUUUUUAUCUGUAAACUGCUUUGAGUCCUGUCAGGGCAAAGGAUGGGGGGUGUAAAUAAAUAUAUAGUAAUUAUUAUUAUUAUUUUGUCUGGCUGGAAUCCAUCCUUGCUUCUUGCUUGUCUGAUGAGAGAAUGGAGAUACAUGUGGGUGUUGAGAAACUUUGGGCUUUUGUAUGGCUAGACUGUUUGCUGCUGUGGUAACCUUGGGACUGGAUUAUUGCAAUCCACUCCAUGUGGGGCUGCCCUGUGAUGGUGAUGAUGAUGGUGGAUGAUGAUGAUUCCAAUUUAUUGGUCACUUUCUCUCACCAAAGGCAAGCAAGGCUCCAAGUUCUCACCCAUGCUCAUGGACUUUUCCCUCCUUCUAGGCAGCAUCUGAGGCAUGCUCGUACCCUUGCCAGUGCCCCGUGCAGGCACUCCGGUGCCCUGCUGGCACCAGCCUUUUGCUGGAUGGCUGCGGAUGCUGCAAAGUGUGUGCCAGGCAGCUGGGCGAGCUGUGCUCCCUCCAGAAGCCUUGCGAUCACCACAAAGGGCUCUAUUGCGACUUCUCCAAGAUCCACAGAGAUAGUGGCAUCUGCUUAGGUGAGCUGAAAGAUUGCUGCUACCCUGCCCCCCGAAUGGCAGGACUAGGUCACGUGGGUGUAAGGAUGGCUGUGCACGCACCAGAGUGCUAACAGAUAAAGUGGGUGGCACAGAUCCAGUUUUUUGCGUGCUCUUCCAAUUGUGCGAUAGCACAGCAUUUUCUGUUAAGGGUCUAGGUCAGGAGCACCCCACGCCCGGAGAUUUCAGGGCUCAAACUUGGCCCCCUAGUGAUGUCAUGGUAGGCAGACCCUGGUGAUGUCAUAGGGUGAUUUUUCCUCUGUGCUCCCUCCUGCCACUGAACCCUGGAGACGGAGGUUAAUUGGGAGAGGGGAAGAGGGAAGACACCGCCACCCCCUAGCAUCUAUGUAACAAUUUGCAGCUGGAUCCUGCUGGAUUGAAGCUUGCAAGCACAGUCUACUUAAUUGUUUUCUAAAAACCUUUUCAAAAGGCACUCUUGCCCACCUGGAGGUUGCAGCCCUUGCUGUGCUGCCUGGAGGGGGCCAGACAAACCGUGAGCAUUCAGGUUGUCCCUGAAGGUCCGACAGCCCUGUUUCCCAUCCACACAGGAGCAGUUUUGGAUGGGGGAUGCAUUCAGACUGUGUGUUGUUGUCGUCCUCUCCCAUCAGUUAGUAUUUCCUCCCCUCGCCAAAUUGGGUUGGGGAGCAAGCCUGAAGUCAAAACCCAAAGGGCAAUUAUAUGGGGAAACUCCAGAGCUCAGGUAGACCUUUUUGCUCAGGCAGGAUUUAGUCAGGGCAGGAAGCCCUCUCUUGGCCCUGCCUGCCUUGAAGGAUCCAAUGGGUGGGCAAAGUCAGUCCCCAGGGCAAAGUGAAGAAGGCGCCACCCACAGUUCAUUGGCUGGCCACGAGGGGCACCUGCCCACAGACUCCCCAGCAGCAGCUCUUGAUGACAGCUGCUCACAUGCCUUUGCACCACAACAUAGAUGCAUGUGUUGACAGGAUCCCUUUGACAACACGCUUCUCUUCUGUUUUCCCACCAGCUCAUGAAGGGGCGACCUGUGACCUGCUGGGCAAGAUCUACCUUAACGGAGAGAGCUUCCAGCCCAGUUGCAAACUGCGGUGCAUCUGCCUGGAUGGCGCCAUUGGCUGCAUCCCCCUCUGCACGGACGGCAUGCGUCUCCCUUCCCCCGACUGCCCCUUCCCCCGGCGGGUGAAGGUGCAGAACAAGUGCUGCGAAGAGUGGGUCUGCGAAGGGGGCAGCAGCCCGAAGAGCCACUAUGGAAAGGGCAUGGCAGGUGAGGGGACUCGUUGGGAAAGGGGGGGUGGGUGGCCAAGGAGACAGGUAGGACUGUUGGAGCAGAAAGACUAAAAGAUACUGGCUGUGGUCACCUCACCUCAAAAAGGAGGAAAAGGUUCAGAAAAGGGCAACCACGAUGAUCAAGGGGAUGGAGCAACUCUCCUACGAGCAGCGUCUGGGAAUUUUUAGUUCAAGUCGAGUAAGAGGUAAGAGCCAUAGAAUCAUAGAGUUGGAAGGGAUCCCGAGGGUCAUCUAGUCCAACCCCCUGCAAUGCAGGAAUCUCAGCUAAAGCAUCCAUGACAGGUGGCCACCCAACCUCUGCUUAAAAACCUCCAAGCGAGGAGAGUCCACAGCCUCCCAAGGGAGACCGUCUCACUGUUGAACAGCUUUUACUGUCAGAAAGUUCUUCCUGAUGUUUAGUUGGAAUCUCCUUUCUCGUAACUUGAAGCCAUUGGUUCGAGUCCUACCCUCCAGAGCAGGAAAAAGCCAAGCUUGCUCCCUCUUCCAUGUGGCAGCCCUUGAGCGGAUCGAGAGAAGUUUUUCUCCCUCUCAAAGCACUAGAGCUUGGGGGCAUCCAAUGGAAGCUGAACGUUGGACGAUUCAGUGGAAUUGAGGUAGUGAGAGCCACUAGGUUGGAUGGCCUUAAAAGAGUGUUAGACAAAUUCAUAAAGGACAAGGCUAUCAAUGGCUACUAACCCUGAUGUUCUAUCUUCUACCUCCACUGUCUGAGUACUGGUUGCUCAAAAGGAGAGUGCCCUUGUGCUUGGGUCCAGAGUGGUGUGACAGUAAUCCCUUUUCACAGGGAACUCUGGGAACUAGCUCUGGCAGAGGAAUGGGGUCUCCUAACAACUCUCAGCCCCCUUAACAAACUACAUUGGUACCUCUGGAUGCAAAUGGGAUCCGUUCCAAAGCUCCGUUUGCAUCCUGAGCAGAAUGCAACCCACGUCUGCGCGUGCACGGGUUGCGAUUUGCUGCUUCUGCGCAUGCGCACAACAUCAUUUUGAGCGUCUGCGCAUGUGCGAGCGGCGAAACCCGGAAGUAACCCGUUCCGUUACUUCCAGGUCGCCGUGGAGUGCAACCUGAAAAUGCUCAACCUGAAGCAACUUUAACCCAAGGUAUGACUGUACAGUUCCCAUAAUUCUUGGGGGGAAGCCAUGACUAUUUAAAGUGGUACCAUAGUGCUUUGAAUGUGGGGUGUGAAUGUGUCCUCAGUUGGACAUAGCCCAAGAUAAAUGGAAAAUUGAGAGAAUUCUGAAUUGCUUUGUUCUAUACAGUGCAGGUGGGACAGAAAGGAAGCACUAUAUAUGCCAAAGGGCCUUAAGCACAAGCUAUUUCUUCCAGGUAUUUCCUGGCCAUCUAGGAGGCCAGCUGUUGAGCGCACUCAAGCAGUCUCCCUAACGAAAGGCUACUAAGGUGGUUUCUCCUGGAUCCCUUUGCCCUCUCCUGUCCAGAGGUCCAGCCUGACAACCAAAGGAUGCAGCUUUGACCUUUGCUCACCAAAGUCCUUUCCUCCAAUCUCAGUUUACAGGAACAACCCAGUUCGCAAGCCCAAGACGAACCACCUCCAGGAGAACUGCUUGGUGCAGACCACAGAGUGGAGCGCCUGCUCCAAAACCUGUGGGAUGGGCAUCUCCACCCGGGUCACCAACGACAACCCCCAGUGCCGGCUAGAGAAGGAGAGCAGGCUCUGCCUUAUCCGGUACUGCAACGUCCCCUUGGAGAAGAGCAUCAAGGUAACUAACUGGCCGCUAACUGGAGCAGGUGUAAAUGCACGAGAUCGGACCAUGCCAGGCAUGGCGAGCUGCCUCCAGCCUGCGUUCCCAAGCUGGUCCACUGCGCCUCUUGACUCGCCCUACUUGGCUCUCUCUGAACCUCGCCUCCUUCCCUCUAGGCUCCCUGCUCGCUCACUUAUCUUGUUACCCUGAGCUGGGAAUGCAGGAAAAGAUCUCCCUGUAUGAACAACUCUCAAUGGGUUUCCUCUCUCCAUUCAUAGGAAAGGGGUCCUCUUUCUCACUACACAGCAAAGAAACCAAGCUGAGAAAGAAAUGUGUGUGUGAGAGAGAGAAAGAGUGAGCAAAAUACAAAGAAUAUGACCCGUGUAAAUACAGGGAGGGAGGAAGAGGAGGAGAGACAGCUAGACAGAGACAAAAUCUUUCUUUAAAAUUGUUGGUUUCAGUGAGCUUAUUCAGGAAGCUGAUCUCAAGGAGCUGGGAUGGAGAAAGCUUCUUUUUCAUUUAUUACAUUUGCACCCAUUCUCUUUGCCAAAGAGAGCAAGGUAGUGUAGAUAGUUCCCACCCCACCCCUGCCACACUCUGCUCAUGUUAACCCCACAACAACCUUGUGAGGUAAGUUAGGCUAAGAUGUAAUGACCAUUCUGAGGUCAUUCAGUGAUCUUCAUAGCCUUGAACAUAGGGGAUUUGAACAUAGGUCCCCUGGCCCAACAUUCUUAGUGCGCAUGCACACACACAUACCCCGUCCCUCCAGAGGACGGCCAAGAAUUUUCCUUGGGCAGGAAAUUCGGUUUCUAUCCUCUUCUAACCACUACACUACACUGUCUCCUGCCCUGGAGUACAGUCGUACCUUGGAAGUCGAACGGAAUCUGUUCUGGAAGUCUGCUUGACUUUCAAAACGUUCAAAAACCAAAUCACGGCUUCUGAUUGGCUGUAGGAAACUCCUGCAGCCAAUCAGAAGCUGCAGAAGCCCUGUCGGAUGCUUGGGUUCCAAAAGAAUGUUUGCAAACCAGAACAAUCACUUUCAGGUUUGCGGCAUCUGGGAGCCAAAACGUCCGAGUUCCAGGGCGUUCAGAAUCCAAGGUACGACUGUAUUUGCUUCCCUGUGCAGGGAUUUAUUUGUUGUUUGUUUGGAUGGGCAUUGUGAGCCCAUCUCACCUGGAAACUGGAGUGGCGAAACCUAGACAAAGCUUUAGCAGGGCCAUACCUCGGUCUCAGAGCCCUUCCUCCGCAUGUGCAAGACCCUGAACACGAUCCAAGCCAUCUCCAGCUAGGGUUGGGAAGGAUCCCUGCCCCAAACUCUGGAGAGCCACUGCCAGUCCAGUUUUUAUAGUCCUACGUCCAGAACUGAGCCAGGAUACUUAUUGUUGUGGUCUGUUCCCCACCUUCCUCCUCUCUCCAGAAGGGAAAGAAGUGUGUGCGGAACCGCAAGCCCCGCCGGGCGAUCCGCUUUGAGUUCACGGGCUGCACCAGCACCCGCUCCUACCGGCCCAAGUUCUGCGGCAGCUGCACGGACGGGCGCUGCUGCACUCCACAUGUCACCAGCACCGCCAAGGUGGAGUUCCAGUGCCCGGAGGGAGACUCCUUUGUGCGCAAGAUGAUGGUGAUCCGCUCCUGCUCCUGCCACCACGACUGCCCCGCGGACAACGACAUCUUCCUGGCCACCUACCACCGGCGCAUGAUUGGGGACCACGUCAAGCUUGAGAGGCAGUAGAGCCCAUCCCCAUGCCACCUCCAUGAUGCAGGCUGGUAGAGAUGGCACUGGUUGUUACCUGGGAUGCUGCUGGGAGAAUCAGGGGAUGGAGGAGGGUGACCUCAGUAGACUGGAAGGCGUGUGAGUCCAGGCACUACACAGUCCUCUAUGGCAGGAGGCUCCAGCUUUCUCAGACCCAGGACUCGCCUUAGAACCAAGUGUGCAUUUGGGGGUCCAGUUCUUGUUCCUUUUUUAUUAUUACCACCAUGUAUUUGUAUGGCGACAGUACAGCUAUUGUGAAACUCGCCUUAGAUUGGGCCGCAACAUGGUAGAGGGACCCCCCAGUUGGAAAACAGUGCUCCAUGGUGCAACAGCACGAACCUGGCACUUUGUGGGGUGAAGCUCGCACACUUGGUUUUGCACUAACCAGAUCCUCGGUUCCAAAGGUAGCUUCCUUAUCUAAGGAGUUCUGGUCCAGCUCCACAAGCAAACAACUGCCAAUAACGCGCUGGCUUUAGGCAGUUUCCAUCAUACCGUACGCAGCCCCUCGGUUCCCACAAUCCCUUUCUCCUUCUCGCUGCUGUUUGGCCAGCACAGCAAAACAUCCCCCCUAGUUCUCCAGAUGCAAACUUUCCAAGAACUGGAACUCAAGUCGGGUAGGUGGCUGUUGCUGUGUGACAUAAGCACAGACCCAACUGCUCACCUCCGGCUUCAGAGUUAACAAUCCUUUUUUAGAUUAGCUGAUCUGAACGCAAAACCAGCUGGGAAAUAUUAGUUCGAUACAACACAGGUUGCUGUCACCAAAGGUACGAAGCCAGCACUAUGAAUCACAAGCAGAAACAAGUCAAAGGGAAGGCUAUGGAAGUCUUUUGACAACAAAAGUCAUUUGAUAGGCAUCUGCUGUAUAACUUGGCUGGCGAGAGAUCACUGAGUUGUGCAUUCUGCCUUUUGGCAGAGGAUUCGCCAUCACCUACAUUUGGAAGACUGGUGUUAAUCAUUUUGGACGAUUUACAAGACAGAGCCUCCUCCUUUUCUCCCCAUAAACCUGCCCCCUGCUCCGAGCAUCCAGAUUCCUCCUGUAGAGAUGCUCCUUCCCUCCCAAUUUCAACUGUAAAUACCAUGAGAAUUAUUUUUAAAGCCUAUUGUUACGAUUAGCACUUUUUAUUGUUGUGGGUCUUAUUUUUUUCCACUUCUGCUGUUCAAUUCUUUCCUUAGUGUUUUCCUUUCUUCUCUCUUUUUUAAAAUUUCUUGCUUAUCUGACUUGGAGGAGUCAUAUUAAGGCAAAUGGGAAUGAGUGCAGUUCGCUUCCCAGGAAGGGCUGGGAGAAACCCUUGCCUGAAACCCUGGAGAGCUGAUGCCAGUCAGUGUGGACUAUACCGAACUACACAGACCCAAUGGUCCAACUCUGUAAGGCAGCUCCCUGUGUUCCUACGGCGCUACAGCUAAAGAUGAUAACAAUAAACCUUCUUUUUUUAAAAAAGUUGCCAGUCGAAUAGCUAGCAAUGCAUGCAUAUUUCGGAGUCCCAUGCAAACAGCGUUGGAGAACUGAGCAUAACUGUUCCUGCUUCCAGAAAGAAACUGGUUAUAUUUAGCCUGAAGAAGAGAAGACUGAGUGGGGG